UGAAAGUUGGCAACAAACAAUACUCCAUCAGCUUCUUUUUGUUGCUUCACGCGCCGUUUGAGGACGUACUUGGUACGAUUGCUAGUGAAGAGUCAUAAUUAAAGAUGGGUCACGCUAACAUUUGGUACUCCCACCCCCGUAGAUACGGUCAAGGAUCUCGUUCAUGCCGCGCCUGCUCCAACAGACACGGUCUCAUUCGCAAAUAUGGUCUAAAUAUUUGCAGACAGUGCUUCAGAGAGUACGCACAUGAUAUCGGUUUCAAAAAACUCGACUAAGAUGUGUUGGAGUUUUAGGUUAAUAAAAAUUUAAUAACCCAA